AUGUCCACAAACUCGGGCGAAGAUUGUCUCAUGCCGUCUACCGCUACUGCUGCUGCUACUGUUACACGCGCAAUCAAUGCCGCAACCUCUAACGCGAUGCUCAGUGCCGAGCGCAACGACCGAGAGUCGCCACUGCUUCGCCUACCUGCAGAACUCCGCAACCAGAUUUACGAGUACGCUCUCACCGACGGCAUGUAUGAAUUGCGCGCACCAAAGGGCGGCAUUUGUCCAUAUCCAGCUGGGAUUGGCAUCGCCGGUGUUUGCCAGAAGCUUUAUUACGAGGCCUCCCUUUUAUCAUUCACUCUGAACGAGUUCCACUGCGGAGUAGCAGCCGACCUCGUCAAGCUACAUUCUCGUCUGAGCAUCAGACAGCUCAGCGCUAUAACAAACGAAUCGUUUUCGAACCAUAUGCAAAUCCCAGUCAUGUUCAACGGCCGUUUAAUGACUCCCAGUUCCGAGAUGGAAAGUCAGCGAAGCGGAGUCUGCUUCAGAGAGUUCUUCCCCAAUGCUCAGCGUGUGACACUCGCUGAGGAUUGUCAUCCAUAUCCAUAUCCAUACUAUGGAAUACGUCCCAGAUGGGACCCAGUUAUCUCGUCCUGGGUAGGUGGCAGACGAAAUGCUGGCUUGGUUAUUGUGUACAAGGAGAGCUGUGACUGA